AUGCAGAAGGGCACUACCUCCCUAGAAUUCUUCGGAUCAUUAUGCAGAAAGCCCCCUACCACCCUAGCGAAGUUGAUGAAAAGAGCAAAGAAGUAUAUAAGGCAGGACGACACCUUAAAUACAAGUAGGUUUGCUAAGGAUGAUAGAGACACAGGAAGGGCUGGGGAGGACAAGAAACAAGAUAGGUCGGAGAGGAGGCAGGAUCGGGGACCGGAGGCCGGAGAGGAAGGUGUAGAAUCUAAAGAGGAAGAGGAAGAAGAAGAUGGCGACGACGACGACAGUGACGAAGAUGACGACGACGAAGACGACGAAGACGAUGAUGAGGGGGGCGAGGACGACGAAGACGACGAGGUUCAGGUCUUACAAUCCUCCAGAGGGCCACCGGUUCAGUCGGCGGAUGACGACGAGGACGACGACAACGAGGAUGACGAUGAAGAUGACGAUGGUGAAGGCGGAGACGACGAUGACGAUGACGACGACGACGAGGAGAAAAACGAUGACGAGGAUGAAGACGGUGAAGAAGAGAAUAUUUAUUAA